CGCAAUCUGUGGUUCGGCGCAGUCACGGGCCGAAUCGAAGCCCGAUCUCGCCGCCUUUCCCGUCUAAACUUUAGGAACCUGCCGACGGCAGGAUCGGAGACGAACGGACAAUGGUGGCGCUGGCCGUCAGCCGCGGGAACCUGCACAAGGUUCCCAACGCCCCGCGCCGGUGGCCUCUCCCCCCCCGCUCCAUCUCCCUCCCCCAAUUCAAGAACCUUCUCCGCCGGCGAGCCCUCGCCCUCUCCCGCAUCGCCGCAGCCGCCGCCGACGAAAACCCUAGCAGCACCUCCCCCUGUACGGAGAAGAAGGUGAAGGAAGAAGAGGCAGAAGAAUCACCGGAGAAAGCGGUGAACCCCGCGAUCGGCGGCGCCGCGGCGAAGAAUGGAGAAGACGAGCCCGCCCCGGACGGAAAGGCGGUAAAAGAAGACGCUGCCGAUUCGAAAUUGGAGGUGAUUGAUGACUCCAAAGAUAUUGUGAAAAAAGAGGAGAGCAAAGGAGAGCUGGAGAACAAGUUGCAAGUCUUGAAUGAGAAAAAGCACAAUCUUGUACAAAUGCUGAAGCAGAUUUUAAAUGCUGAAGAAGAAGUAAAACGACGGACCAUGUUGUCAUCUGUGACAAUGCCACUGCAUGUGGAGGUGAAUUUCGGUGGUGAUUCAGCUGGUGAAUCUGAUGCUGCUCCUAGCCACAGCUCUCAUGGGCGUCAAUUGCAUCAGAUACACAGUACAUCCCCCUCUGCUUCCUCUCUGAACAGGCCUGUGUUUGGCUCUCUUCAACAGAAUAGUAACCCCUCAAGAGGACUCGGAGCCCACCCAUCGACGACUUAUGCUGCAUCAAAUAGUCCAUCUGGCUUUCCGUUGAUGGGACAACUAGCCCAUGCCGCAAGCCUUCCUCUAUCAUCUCCCGGGGCCCAAUUUAUGGCUUCUUCUCCAUCACCCGCUGGCUCAGGAGGUGGAUCAUCAUUCUGCAGGAACUCUCGCACCAGCUCCUCAUGAAAAAAAAAGAAGAAAAAAGAAUAGGGCAUGUAAUUCAGAUAAAUGACAUGUUGCGGUUACGGGUGAUUAGGAGUAGGUGUUUCUGAUCAUUUGGUUGCAUGAGUAUUUUGGCUUAUUGUUGCGGAGGACGAUCUUGUAUCCUUUGUGGUUAUGGGUGAUUAGAAGCAGGUGUUUCUGAUCAUUUGGUUUCAUGAGUAUUUUGGCUCUUGUAUCCUCCUCUUGUUUUGGAGGUUCCUCUCACUUGGUGUAUAGAACAUUUUAAUGAGCAAUUUGGCUCUUGUAACAUGAAAAGGCUCUCAUAGAACUAA